AUGGAGAGAUACAUGGACAUGAACGACAAAAGGCACGGCUCCUUAGAAAGCUAUGCAAAAAUGCUCAAUGAGAAAAUAAGCAAUCUCAAUCAAAAGAUUGACGAAGGAGCAAGGAAUCAACAAGCCUCAAUCAAGGAGCUGGAGAGAAGGAUAGAUAGGUGGAUUGAGCAAAAUGCAAGAAAGGAAAGCAGCUCUCCUCCAAGGCAAAUCAUCCACGGAAGCUCAAGCUCAAACCCUAGCACGAGUCAAAAGUACCAACCACAGAUCGGACGGAAUGAGAAUGUGAACGCCGUGUUCACCGAAGGUAAUGACUGUACUGAGGUUUCUAAUUAUUCUUGUGAAGUUUCAAAUCUGGUACAUGUCAAACGGGAGCAAAAUGAAGGCGAAACGAACAAAAACGCAAUUCUGGAAUCUGCCCAGGAGCUACCAGCGCCACUGGUGACCCUCCAGGUGCAAACCAGCGCCGUUAGGAGCCCCCAGGUUGCCAUCCAGCGCUGCUCAAACACAACCAGCGCCGCUCAGGAGUCCGUCAGACCAAUUUCGGGUGAAACCUUGUUUUCGGAAGGAGAUGUCGAGGUCCAGUUCAGUGCCAAAUACAAAAUCAAAGAUGGGAACAACUCGGACAGAAUUGAAGAAGUUCAUAAUCCCGACACGCUGGAUGACGAAGCACAGCUGCCGCAAGCAUUUGAAUAUCCAGGGAGUUUUCUUAUCCCUUGCACUAUUAAUAAUGAAUACUUUUCGAGUGCAUUAGCUGAUUUAGGGUCAAGUAUAAAUGUCAUGCUUACUGUGAUUUAUGAGAAACUUACCCUUUGUUUGCUAAAACCUGCUGACAUGAGCAUUCGGUUAGCUGAUCAGACUUACCGACAACCCAAGGGGAUUGUCGAACGAGUCCAUGUCAGGGUUAAUGAUUUAGAAUUUUGGACUGAAUUUGUUGUACUUGAUAAGUGUCCUCUUUGA